AUGGAAUGCAGCAAGUGUUUCGUUGGCACCAACAAAACACUUACGACUAAGAUAUUUGUUUCUCUCAGAGUCGCAUCCAACUCCCUCGCACCCACUCCCACCCCCACCCCCCGUCCCAAUGCAUUUACUCGCAUACUACAGUACCAUGCCUAA